AGUGUUGUUCCUUCCGUCACUUCAUAACCGCCUCUUCUUCAUCCUCUAAUCCUCAGAGCACACUCUCACUCUCUCCUCUCUCCUAAUCUUUCAUGGACGUGAGCUUCUCUGCGAAGUGUCAAGCUCUGUCUUUAAUAUCUUGCGCUCCUCUCCAUUCAUUCCUCUCUCCUCGUGGUGUUCGAUCCCUCCGUAGAGAGUUUCUUGGGUGCGGACACAGUUUGAGGCCUCCGGGUCUUCGCUCCCCAAGAAAAUGCAAGAAACUAGGGUUUCACAUUCAUUCGCCAAGAUUUUUCUUCAGAGCCUCUUUGGAUUCGCAAUCCGUUCUCGUCGUUGUCACUGUGGUCAUGGUUUCGGCUCUUACUGUUGUCUAUCUGAGUCACUCAAAAAGACACAACAUAACAGAGGUAUCAGAUCAGCUGAUGCGUGCAUUAUCCCAUCGGAUCAGAUGUUUGAUGAACUGGGCCAGUGAGGAUCGGAGCUUGGGCCCUUUAGAUCUUUGGGGAGAGAAAUUUGCAAAUAACCAUAAAGAUUUGAUGAAGGAAACGAAAGAAAGCAGUCGUGAUUUUGAGGAUAAUGUGGCCCAACUUCAAUCCAUGAACAAUGGUUUGCUGAAUGAGGAAACUCUCAUCACCACCACACUAGACUCUCCUGAUUCAGGUGCAGGUGCAGUACCAUUGACUUUUACCACAGAAAUGUGUGAAAGAGUGGAAACUGAGAUCAGCUCCGAGUUGCCUACAGUAAUGGUUAAAACUGGGUUGAUUGCCUCUUCUAGUCCUGUGAAUAGUGUAUUGUCUGAACUUAAUGAACUUGAAAAGCCAAACCAUGAGCUUGUUGAAGAUAGUCAAAGUAGUAGCUAUAUUGGCAUUUCUAGGGCUUCUGUCCGUAAAGAGCUCUACACAUUUUAUGAGACAGAUCAGCAUCAGCCUCUAAGGAAUUCUGUGGUAAACUUAAAUGGCAUGCAGACAUUGUGUUCUCCUGGUUCCCUUCGAGAUAAUGACUGUUUUCCUUCAUUGAUGAUAAGUUCCUCAACUGAAGGAGCAAAAGUUUCUGGGAAGGACAUUCUCCAUACUGCAGAGAGCUUUGAAGGGAAAACACCACUUGGAUGUUAUAAAGAAGGUUCUUUCUGUAAAAGAAAAGACUUGGGAAAAGGACGAGAGUUUUACAUUGAUAAGGAUAAAAGCAUUCUGCAUCAGAAUGGCGACAUGAAUUUGUUCCCAUCCGCUCAUCCAAAGGCGAAACAAAUCAAUAACAGACAUUUUUCACAGAAAUCCAAUGCUUUCAAUCAUUUUCUAAGGCAAGGGAGGUUAACUGACUGCUUAGAAUUGCUUGAAGACAGGGAAAGAAAAGGCUUGUUGGACAUGGAUAAUGUUUAUCAUGCUGGUUUUUUCCGUGCUUGUAAAAGUCAAAAGGCUGUUAAGGAAGCUUUUUGUUUCACCCAGCUUAUUCCCAAUCCAACUCUAAGCACAUUCAACCUGCUUAUGUCUGUUUGUGCAUGCUCUCAAGAUUCAGAGGGAGCUUUCCAAGUUAUGCAACUUGUACAGGAGGCUGGACUGAAAGCUGACUGCAAACUUUACACUACUCUUAUAUCAACUUGCGCUAAAAGUGGAAAAGUAGAUACAAUGUUUAAGGUUUUUCAUGAAAUGGUCAAUGCUAAAGUGGAACCGAAUGUUCACACAUAUGGUGCACUCAUCGACGGAUGUGCUAAAGCAGGGCAAGUUGCUAAGGCGUUUGGUGCUUAUGGCAUAAUGAGAUCAAAGAAUGUGAAGCCUGACCGAGUUGUAUUCAAUGCACUUAUAACCGCAUGUGGUCAAUCAGGAGCCGUGGAUAGGGCAUUUGAUGUGUUAUCAGAAAUGAUGUCUGAGACACAACCCAUAGAGCCCGAUCAUGUCACUGUUGGUGCUUUGAUGAAAGCAUGUGCAAAUGCUGGCCAGGUUGACCGGGCACGAGAGGUAUACAAUAUGAUUCACCAAUAUAAUAUUAAGGGCACUCCAGAGGUAUACACUAUCGCUGUUAAUAGUUGCAGUCAGACUGGUGAUUGGGAGUUUGCAUGUGGUGUGUACAAUGAUAUGAGAAGAAACGGUGUCCUCCCUGAUGAGAUGUUUAUCAGUGCAUUGAUAGACGUUGCAGGGCAUGCUGAAAAGCUCGAUAUUGCCUUUCAAAUCCUACAAGAAGGGUGGACUGAAGGAAUGCAUGUUGGAAUCAUAGCGUAUAGCUCAUUGAUGGGGGCCUGUUGCAAUGCAAAAAAUUGGCAGAAGGCAAUGGAGCUGUAUGAGGAUGUUAAAACUAUGAACUUGAAACCAACAGUUUCAAUGAUGAAUGCCCUAAUAACUGCAUUGUGUAAGAUUCAGUUACUCAUAUUUUGCAACAUAGUCUAAUCCAUUAUGAAUGGUAUCCCAUUUUGCUUCUAAAACUUUUUGGCAUUUUACACUUUUUGAUGGAUAGUUUAGAGGAUUGUCUGAGUUUAGUGGUGAACGUGAUAACUAGGUUCAACCGUUGAGCUUGAAUAUCCUAGAAUGCAGCUUCAAGUUCCUAUUGACAUGGGAGCUCCAAAACCUCUUCAAACAUGAUCCUAUAACUCACAGGUUACUUGGAGUAGCAUAUGGACUUGUAGACUUGCGGAGUGUGUGGUCCCAUGUUGCACUUACAAGGGUUUUGUGAUUUCGUCAGGAAGGGAUAAAUAUAGACUGAGGCUACUAAAUUCUCAAGCUGGAGUGUCGUUUAAAUUUGUCCUUUGAGCCUUCGGGUGUGCUUAUUAAAUGUUCCAGGGACUUUUUGGACAAUCUUGAGUUUCCCUCAUUCUUGCUGGGGUUCACCCUGGUCCCUGCUGGCCUUGGGGCAAAAAAUGGGAAGAAGACCGCCAGAAGGGUGUUUCGUGCAAAACCAGGAUUGAUGAGUCAUGUGUUUUGGUGGUUAUGUGUUCAGACUUCAGAACUAAACCAAAGCACAGUAAUUACAUGUCUAGAGGAACCUGAUGGUUGGCAGGGUAAGUCAAAAAUGGCCUGUGGACAAAAUGAGGUCUGUGCAGGUAAUUUGGGAAAUUUAUUUCACCGUUUAACUAGAAGGUCGAAGUUAUCUAACAAAGCUGGGACAGUGUAACAAGCCGUAUUAUCUAUAGUUAGAGUUACAUGAAAUUUUUUGAUCUCUUGAAGCUUCACUAUUUUCUAUUUUCUUUUUAUCCAAAUGGCAUUGCAUAAGAGAAAAUUAGGAUGACAAAUUACUUGCACAAAUUUUGCUACAGGUGAUGCAGAUGAACUGCAGAAAGCUAUGGAAGUUAUGACUGAAAUGAAGAGGCUAGGAUUGUGCCCAAACACCAUCACGUAUUCCAUUUUAUUAGUGGCAAGUGAAAAAAAGGAUGAUGUAGAAG